AUGCUGCUUGCUAGAGGCGACUCAGACAAAGUCCUGGAGACGGCCGCAAAUGCAGUCAAGGCACGGCGGUCCGCGCUUAAGGACAUGUAUUGGGGCACCGAGGAGAGUACGGACGAUGAUGAUGAGACGGACGAUGACCUCGAGGCAUGGGGUGGAAGGGUGUGA